AUGAGGGCGGAGCCGAAUCCGAGCGUCGGGGAGCAUGACCCACGUGAAAGCGUCUCGUUAUCAGACCGGUCAGGGAACAUUAUGACCGAUUGCUGCGCCUCGCUCUUGGACACAGAAUGGCCAAACAUACUAGGUGAACGGUGCUUCACUCCAUCUGAUGAGGAAGUAUUAUCGAGUGCAACACGGGAGCAACGCAUUGAGAGAGGCAUUGAGGCACCCUCUUUUGAGUCCCUACUACAAGAAAUUAUGAAGUGUUACCGAGCAUUCUGUAACUGCUCAGGGACGGUACAUUUUAAACACUUGGAAUUUGAGCGUUUUUUGCGGCGCUGUUUAUUCGCAGCACACGAAACUAAUGGAUUAAGUGUUUCCUCACCUUUGGAGGGCACUACUUGCAAGCCUUUUUGGUUGCAUUACCCUCCGUCAUAUUUUCUCAUGGCACAUGAUGUCGUUCAGAGCGUAGAGUGCGGCACCCCCCAUUCUUCCAACGACGACUCAAAAACAUCAAGCGCAACAACGGCAACACUGCACCGAACACCAUCCGAAGACUUGAGUUUCACCGGUGACAGUGAAAAUGAAGCCAAACGGCGAGAGCACCUUCGCCAACUGUAUAUUCUCUCUGUGCAACCCGUAGUACCCCGCACCAUACGGAAAAAGCUAGCACAAUGCGCGAAGCGGGAGAGUGCUGCCUCUCCGGGAGCUCUAGCUGAAGCAGUGCGGUACAUGUUGGAUGUAUAUUUCUUUUUCAUACGCAUGCAGUUUCUCCCUCCCUUCAACCGGCCGACGGGUUCUAUGUACUCGACGUGCGUCCAGUUCAUGACACGUGUCCGUGGGCGUCUGUUAACGCCGGAGGUUGCCGUCCGGUUCACUGAGGUCGCAUUAGUCCUGAUACUGCUUUCUGUCAAGCACCAGUCUGCUACCCGGUGCGCUUUAGAUGAGACCACCGACAGCGCGGUGUCAUCCCGACUGGAACUUCAGUUUUUGUUCAGCACAUACUUUCCGGCAUUAGUUGUCGCAUUUCUUAGCGCCUCGCCGCUUCAGUCUAUGGAGGAAUUGCGGCACUCCCUUACUCGAACUGACUUGGCAGAGUGUCUGCCAACGUUGCAAACCUGUCGGAAGGGGGCGGAGCUCGUUAGAGAGUUGUUUGACUUCUCGCAAGGGGCCGCUCCGCUGUGGAGUGUUACGCUCAGCGAAGUGGUGGCUUUUGCCACGCAACAUUUGCAGCAGAAAGACAAAGGCAAUGAAGAUGGUAACAGCCAUGCCUGCAUCACUUCCGUCCUGGGGGUGCCUUCGUCAGUGGAUGACUGCUUGUUUGUUUGCGAUGACACAACACUGGACUGCCUGUUGCGUUCCGCACCCAAGAGUGUACAAAAGACUGAAGAAGCGGGACAUGAGCGGCUAAGAAAAGAAAUAAAUCAGACAUUCCACCGAAACCAAACUGGCAUGAGCCCGGAAUCGGAUGAAUUCCACCGUAAGGCAAUGCGGGUGACCUCCUCGUCGCCGAGUGGUCCGUACAACACACUUUACUUUUCCCUACACACACUCGCCAACAUGGAGAGCCUCAGUCCCACGGCCUUAUCCCUUCUGCUCACAGCAAUUGAGAAAUGUUUGGGACCUAAAGGUGAUCUCCAGCCCCUUUGCACCUUUGCCUCGUCUGAAGUUUGUACAUCCCUUCCGGUAAUUGCAGCAGAGUUGCUGCGGGUGGUUGUGAGUGUGCUUGAAGCGGAGAGAUCAAUGAAAUUCAUGGAGGUAAUAAAUGAAGUUAGGGAUUUGGUUUAUCGCGGCAGGGAAAGCUUAUGA